GCCGGGCCGGGGAGGGGACGAGCGCAGUGAGCCGGCACAUGGCGGCGGGCAGCCGGCGGCAGCGGCCGGCGCGUCACGGGUAGCGGCUGCGCCCAGACAAACUGACAGAGUAUGAAGGAGCACAGCAGUAACAAAUGCUGUAAAAGAUUCUUAAAAGUAAACCUCAGUGAACAACUGAGAUGCCACCACAGCAAAUGGAACCGAUUGGAUGGCUCGUUGUGCUCGCAAAGACAGUUUUAUUAUCAGCAGAAGCAACGUCUAUGGCUGUCAAUCAGGAAAAAGCGGGCCAAGUCUGUGCUAAAGAAGGCCCAUCCAGAUUGUCAGCAGUGUGGGUCUCCGGCAAGCAUUGAAUGCAUGCGAGUGACGCUGAAGAAAAAAUCAUUGCUGGCCUCAGGAGCCGAUGACACGCCAACCAAGGAAGUGUGUACCCCAGCAUCUUUGGCAUCCUAUGAGGAAGUGGAGAGUAAGGGGUGUGACAUUUGGAACAGCAGUACAGUUGGUCCUGAUUCGGAUUGUAAAUCAACCAUUUUAUGUUGUAAGCCGGUCUCCAGAAAUCUAACUGAUCUAGCUACAAAAGUUACAUUUCCCAAGUCUGCACCGAGGAAAAAUAGUGGGCUUCAGGACAACAUUAUAAAUCAGAAGCUAUCAAAUGGAUAUAACAAAAUAGACUUCCAAGCAAGUAAAGAUUUUGUAUCCAAUAAUUUACCUCGCAAGACAAAACGACAGCUGAAAGGGCACAAAAUCUCUCUGCUCUAUAGGAAACCUUCCUCCCUCUUUAGUUUCCGUUGUAGAAUAUUUAAUUGUAAAAACAGACGGAGAAAGGUUGUCAGUCAGAGAAAAGAGAAGCUAAGACGGACGCAAUCGUUGGGUACUGUCUGCGUAAAUCCCCCCAAAACUGCCCAGCAUUUGGAUAAAAUGGCAUUUGAUAUUUCCUCACAGCCAGCUGCCAAAGGCGACGUAUCCACUCAGAACAUGAACUUUGCUUCAGAUCAGAAUUGUGGUACAUCGGAGAAAGCAAAGCAAAUUAAGAAUUUGUGCCUGGCUAAUUGUUGUGAAGUUUCAAAAAUGCCCCUUGGUGAAGGGAUGGACAUUUUGCCCACUCAAAUGCCCCAUUUUGCUCAUUCAGCUGAACUUAAUAAUCAAAUGGCAAAUGAAAGCACAGACAUAGUGCGUUCUGGUUCAAGCCCGCUUGGUUUGGAUGCUUGUGUUAAUCGGCUUGUAGCCCCUGAUAAGUGGCCCAAGACUGAUGGAUCGUCCCAAUUGUUUGCUGCCUCGCAGGGAAGAUAUUUAAACCAAACCCCAGUCUGUGACGGGGAGAUGCAGGUCAUCAAUGCUGUAGCGGAAUCCACUGCACGUCCAUGCAAUCACACCAGUGUUCCUGGGACUGAAAGCGGACAGUCAGUAUGUUGGCAAAGUGGUGAGCCGUGUCCUGUGCUUCAGCCGCAGCUGCUAGACCACAUUUACUAUAGAUCUUCAGAGGAACGUUCUGGCCAUGCAUUGGUGAGGACUGAGCAGCCAGCUCGAUGUCAGGCUGAGAAAGGAAAGGAGAAUGAAUCUCGAACCUGUUCUGUUGCCACUGAACGAUUAAUGUCCUGUAUUCAUGCUUUCCUGGAUGAAUUUUUGAGAAAAUAUGGAAGCCUUAUACCACUUACCGAAAGAGAUGUUCUGAUGAAGUUAGAACAGAUCUUUCAUCAGGAUUUCCGUGAUCGGAAAGUCUUCAUCAGGAUGGAAAUCCGAAAGUACCAGAAAGCGCAGGCGAAUAAGCCUGCUUCUGGUUUCCAAGUGGUUUACAACAAACACGUUUUGACUUUGGAUGACCUGGCCACACUUUAUGGAGAAAACUGGCUGAACGACCAGGUAAUAAACAUGUACGGCGAACUGAUUGUGGAUGCAGUGCCAGAUAAGGUUCACUUCUUCAAUAGCUUCUUUUACAAACAGCUUCAAACUAAAGGAUAUAAUGGAGUGAAGAGGUGGACUAAAAAGGUGGAUUUAUUCAGUAAAGCCCUAUUACUAAUCCCUAUACAUUUGGAAAUUCAUUGGUCACUAUUAACAGUUGAUCUACCAAAUAGGAAAAUUUGGCUUUACGAUUCUCAAGGCAUCCAUUUUAAUUCCUGUGUUCAGAACAUUCUUAAAUAUUUAAAGACAGAAGCUGGUGAGCGAAAUUGCCCGACAUUCCUGGAAGGGUGGAAAGCUUUCGCCACAAUGUGCAUUCCUCAACAAAAAAAUGAUAGCGACUGUGGUGUGUUUGUGCUUCAGUACUGCAAGUGCCUGGCUCUAGGAAGACCUUUUCAGUUUUCUCAAAAAGACAUGCCUGAAGUAAGAAAAUUAAUCUACAGAGAACUGUGUGAGUGCAAGCUUAUGGAGUAGGCAAGCAGGAUGAAGCUGACUGAAACUCCUCACAGGAAAUUGCAUUCCAGCAGAUGGAUGUGGCCAAAGUGGUUUGUAAUAUCUGGAAGGUGAAGAGGGACGAGACGGGAAGGGAGCGCUGAAGGACCAGUGCAGUGUUUACCUCCUUUCCAGGUGUGUGCAUGGCCCAAGCAUCUCCAGAUUUGAUAAAAGCACAACUUUGCUUGAUUGCCCUGUUGCUGACAAAUUGCAUGUAGCAGUAGACUAAAUGUAGACUUCCUUACAGGCUCCAUAUUCUGAGAACCUCUGAGUAAAGGAAGUAGUAAAAGUUACAUUAACCUAGCAGGGAGAAAACUGAAGUCUUAGUGUAGAAAUUGUCCCAGGUAUUAAUAAGUGAGAGACCCUCUUCAUAUCCACGGGGGAGAUUUUUGCUGUUUCCAUGGAUGUUUAAUGGCCAUUAGGUCAUUGUGUUGAGCUGCAGCAUGUUUAAAAGUGAAAAUAGUUUCAUUCAAAAAGCAGUCAUUCUGCAAUCAAUGCUGUAACUCUAACUUGUUUAAGCCAAACCAAUUUCCUAUUUAAUUUUUCACAUACAUGUACAAUAGGUUCCUCUGUGAAGCAUUGUUGCUUCUCCAUUGCAAGUGUGAAACAUUGGAAUGAUUUUGCUGUGAUGAAUAAUAAUCCAUUCUCAAAAUUGAUGUGUACAUCUGCCUGGCUCAGUAAUGAUGGAAAAUCCAUCCUCUUUCUGACUAAAAGUAUUGUUUUGUUGCAUCUUACUUCUACUAAUUUGGACGGAUUACUCUGAAAGGUGAAGGAGCACAUAGGGCAUAGCCAGUCAUUGCAAACCAGGAUAUAGUAAACUUAACUGUAUUUUUUUAAUUGAGUAUUUGAAAGUGAACAUUACUGGCAAGAUUAGCAUGCAUCCUCCUCGGGUUGACUGAAGUAGGAAGAAGCUGGCCGCGUUGUACUGGUAGCAGUUUGAUAAACUGAGGGCCUUUGAAUCAUCUCCAGCGGUACACAACUACUGUUGUGCACAAGGCAUACUAGACAAGGACAUGAUGGACGUUUUGUUUUCAAGAAUAAUCAAGAACUUUCAUCCUUAUUUCAGGGAUUGAAAUAAAAAUGAAGUCUAAUUCCUAAACUGCCAUAGUGGGAUUUGAUCAUAGAAUUUUUAGUCCAUUACACUGCAGUCUUCUGCCUACUUUAAUAAUUCCAUUUUCCCUUUUAAUACAUUUUAUAGUUUGACAUCAAAUUAUGUGAGAUGUAACUUAAAACUGGCUGAUUGAUAUAAACGUUUAUUGAUAUCCUAGUUAAGAAUUAUAGGAAUUGAGUGAAGUGUGUGAGAAUCAUUUUAAACAAUGGUCACUUUGAAAAUAGUGCAAAGUGUCAUCUGCUAUCAUCCUACUGUGUUGAGAAUUGAUAUUGCGCCUAGGUUUCAGAUUUUCUAAAACCUGAUUAUUUUAUUAAUUAUGUCAUCUUUUCAAAAUUGUGUUCAAUCAUACACUCAGUGUCAUACACUCAAUAUCUGCACUGUAUCUCUAGGAUUCAAAAUAUUGUUUUCAUAUUCAAAUGCUUUGUAACAAUCAAUUCUUUCAAUUGUUUAAGGAUUAAAUCCAUCAAUGAGAAAUAAUUAGGAAAUGCUGGGAAUAAACAGCCUUUACUUGGUACAAUAAAACCUUGCAAUAAUGGACCCGGGGGGGGGGGGAGAAAAUUGUAUCAGUUAUUGCCGAUUGUCUGCUAUAGAUGUCUGAGGAGGGUAACGUUUAACACAAGGCCGGCAGGGAAGAAACAUGCCAUUGGGGAGUGGGGGGGGGUAAGGCUUAAGCAAGUGGGAAUUCACAGGCUGGGAAGCCGCAGAGUCCCAUGCCCAUCCCAUGGUGCACCAGGGACAGGCCCAGUACUCAGGCCGCCUUCAUGCUGCUCCCUCUCUCCACUCUCGCAACCAGAAGCACGGCACGUGGUGCCAGUUCAUUAAGUAAGGAGUACAACGGGAGCCUCGUUGUAUAGCGGUCCAUUAUUACGAGGGUUUACUGUACAGAUGCUCCACGAUUUACGAUGCUUCGACAUGGUAUUCCGACUUUACGAUGGUGCAAACGCACGGCAGCGAGCCGCACGUCACUUCCGGUCACAUGAUCGCAUUGUAUUAAUGCAUUUUCGACUUAUGAUGGGUUCAUCAGAACGUAACCCCAUCGUCGGAUGAGGAGCAGCUGUACUUUUGUUUUCAUUAUCCAGGAAGGAAUGUUUAAAUCUGAAUUUCCAGAAUCUCCAUAAGGGCAUGCCAGUUGAGUUGGUGAUCUUGUAUUCAAUCUGUAUACAGAGUUUAGCAGUGGCAAUGAAACAUACGGCCAGGUGAAAAAUGUUACAUAUAUAAACAUUAGUGCAAUAACAGAAAGUGUAAGGUAGACUUUUUUUUAAACUCACAAAAGGUUGUAAUUAGUUCUAUGUUGUUAUGGAAUUGACAAUAAAGUAAUUGAAUAUUUAACCCUU